AUGCCCUAAUCCUACGCUUAAAUAGCGUUCCUGCUACCAUUUCUCACCGUUACAAACUUUGCAUCCCUUUUUGAGCGGCUGUGGCGCCUGCGCUAGUCAAGAAUCAGAAGAUCCACUGAGCCGUAAUGCCUGUAACUAAGGCAAAAAAGAAGCAAGAAAAAUCAGGGGUGAGAACAGAUGUCGACCCUCAUUAUGGACUAAAGAUAAACAAGAUCAUUGAUGCUGCCAUGAACAAGUAUACAACCUUAUUUACCUACAAUGCCCUCAGACCUGCUCUCAGGAGCCACAUCGAACAAUAUGUUUGUAAGAAGCUCUCUGAUUUGCACACCCCUGAUCACCCCACCUAUGCUCUGAUGAUACGAAGGGCGAUUGAAGGAUUGAAUGGGGAGGGAUCAACUGAGGAAGCAAUAUCAGAGUUUAUUAUAAAAGAUGUUGAGGAUCUGCCAUGGGCUCAUGAAAGUUUUUUGAGGCAUCAUUUGAAAAAGCUUACUGAGACGGGGGAGAUUCUAAAAACUUCUGAAAACUGUUAUAUGCUUCCUGUUGAAAACGGUAAUUUUUAUCUCGAAGGAAAGCAUAGGCAGUUGAAUGGAACUGAAGACCAAAUUGAUACAUUAGUAGAACAAAAGCCUGCAGCAGCGCAAAGUGACCAAGAGCCAGAGGUCAAUGAAAUGGAAGAUAACAACCAAGUUGCAGAAGAUGUUCAAUUGCUUGAGGAACACAUAGGAAAACACAAUGAAGCAAAACUGCUAAAAUUUGAAUUGAUUAAUGAACAAAUUGAAGGACAGAAAGGUGAAGUGAUUGCAGAGUCAUGCCCUUCUCAAGAGCAGCAACAUAAACAGCAAGAUGAAAUGAAUUCACAACAAGGUCAUACACAAAGGCAUGAAAUUGAAGUGGUUGUGGGCAUUCUGAACGCAGCAGAAGACAAAACUAAAUCGACCGGAGAACAAAUUCAGGAAAAACAAGCAGAUGGUGUCAUUCAAGAACAGAAAAAUCAAGUAAUUGAAGAUCGAAAUCUGCCGCAUGAUUGCCAAAUUAGAGAUUGCUCCAAACAGAUUCCAUAUCACGAUGAACAAAGUCUACUAAUUGAAAAGCUGAUCGAGCUAGAAGGACUAGAGAAUCAAAUGACUGGGAAACUAAAUGAACCACAAACUGAAAUGAGGCACAAUAUUAUUGGCCUUAGCGACCUGCAAUUAUCCCAAGAGUCAGAAAACAAUGAAGCUAUUAUGACGAACCAGACUUUUUUUCAUAUAAGCCACGGAUUGGGAAAUGAUGUUUCACUACUUACAUCAAAGGCUAAAUGUAUAGAAUUGUUGAAGAGGACAAAGAAGAUUGAGGAACAGCUGAUGGAUAUUAUUAAUUCAUCAAGUGUGAGGGAGGUGCCAAUGCAUGACACUAAAUUCUGUGAUGGAUGGACAAAAGAGGGAAAACAUAAAGAAGUCUGAGCAGAAGCAAGAAGUUGAGUUUUCUAGUCUAAAAAGGCCUCCAGAACAAGAAGUAGAAGCAUUGCAGGAGUUAUCUCAGAAUCAAGUGAGCAAGUAAAGUUUUGUGAUCAGCAUGAGGCGUCAGAAUUCCGGCAAAAAUCAACUGGAACUUCCUCAGCUGUGCCAACAAAUUCAGGACAGCUUGAAGAUGGGACCACAAGAGGUUGAGAAGUCAGAGAAAGGAUCACUUGGUUUACAGGCAAUGUAAACAGCAAAUUUUGGGCAAA